AUGCUUUCCGCCACACGAACCCCCGCCAUCACCGAGGCCCCGCGCAUCAACCCCGUGGGGAUCCAGUACCUUUCAGAACAGCUUCAGAACGCUGUGUUUCCUCAGUCGAAAGCUCAGGCGAGCCGCCUCAGUGCCGCUGACAAGAAACGGCUUCGGACCAACGAGCUCUUGUUAGCUCUUGCUAAAGAUCACUUGCGCCAUCACGAGCUUUUGGGCAAGAAAACCAAUAUCGGCCCUCCCAUCUCGAUCAAAAACAUGCCCAAGCUCAUGGGGAAACUGUUGGAUGAACACUUUUGGCGGCUUGGUGACCACCAGAGCCAGAAAUACUACAAAAUGGCGUCAAAGUUAUUCGCCGCUGAUCGCGAGCUCCCACCUACGCCAGAGACGUGGCUGAUGGAACCAGGAUGGACUAGAUACGUGCCUGGACAACCACCCGAACCAGUGCUGUUUCCACAGGAGGAUGAGCUCAUAUUUGACGUCGAAGUGUUGUACAAAGUACUGAACUACCCCGUACUCGCCACCUGCGCGUCGCCCGAUGCGUGGUACGGGUGGGUGCUGCCACUAUGGACGAAAGACAACGUCAAGGAACGCGAUUUCGCUCAUCUCCUCCCGUUUAAUAGCAAGAAACUGCCGAAGCUUCUUGUGGGUUAUUGCGUGCUGUACGACCGUGCCCGGUGCGCUGAUGAGUACGACAUCAAAGCUCUGAAAGCGUUCUACUUGGACGUCAUGGCCAUGCACAUUGCCGUGCUGGGGAUCUGUCUGCGGCAACGACCACAAUGGUUGAAGCAUCAUAAGCACAAAAAGAUUCUCGAAGAGGACGACACUGGUGAAUUCUUUGAUCCAGAAAAUGAGUACUUGCAACGUGAGCUCAGUGAGGAGGUGGCAAAUAACAUCAUCGACGAUCCAUGGCUUCUAAAGGGUCUGACAAAUUCUCUCGCCAACGUCUAUCAGUUCCACUGUGGUAAAGAGUUGGAUAAAGACGUUCGCGAGCUCUUCUCUAGUACUGAUUUUGAAGAUAUCCGUCCCCAUUUCCAGAAAGCAAUGCACUAUUGCGCCGGUGACGUCAAGGCGACGUUUGAAGUCGGUCGCCAUCUUUGGCCUGAAUUCAACCGCAAGACGCCUCACCCGGUGCUGUUUGCUGCACUUCGCCAGCUAGGACUGCUUAUAUUACCUACAACUCGCCAAUGGGAAGACUACAUCGCUACUCUGGAGGCCAUCUACCAAGAUAACCGCCGCCAAGUACUUGAAGUGCUCGAACAACGGGCCCACGACGAGGUGGCAUACUUAGAAGAUGGGAACCUGCCGGUACCUGACUACGAGAAUGACCCUUGGCUUAAACAACUUGACUGGACGCUCAAAGCUCCCCGAUUGAAAAAGGAUGGUACGCCCUGCAAACGCCAAGCAUACUUGACUGGGUACCCUGAAUGGUAUCGCGAGUUGUGUAAAGGCCAGAAGAUCAAUAUUACUCCGAGGACACGAGUGACGCCGUUGCUUUUGAGACUCAAAUGGGAAGGCUACCCGUUACGGUGGACUGAUCUGGAGGGGUGGUGCUUUUUUGUACCUGCCGACGCUGUUGAGAGGAUGGAAGCGAAGAACUAUGCUAAGGCUCAGCUCACGGAAGACGAAAUUAUGCGGUACUACGACGAUUUGCGCCCUCCUGGCCAGUGGUUAGAGGCAUUCAAGGUGCCUCACCCUGACGGUGACGGGAAGCGGUGCACGCUGGUACUUUCCAAGCGAUUCCUUCCGUACUUUGGCCUGGGCAUUCUCACUCUGGAGUUCGGCUACGCCCUGGAUAUCCUCGCUCUCAACAACGCCGCCCUGUAUUGGCAAGGGAACCGCCAACGGAUCAUCGACCAGUGGGUAGUGUAUCAAGCCCAGAAGGGGAAGCCGGAAACAGGUAUCAUCAUCCCCCAGCUUCGCACCAUGGGCACCAUUACCCGCCGGGCCACUGAAAGUACAUGGUUGACGGCACUGAAUGCCAAAAAGGACCGUAUCGGGCUGGAACUUAAGCUGUUGAUUAAGGCGCCUCCCGGGUGGUGUUUCGUCGGCGCUGACGUCGAUCUGGAGGAAUUGUGGAUUGCUCUGUUGCUUGGCGAUGCCAUUUUGCGGGUUCACGGAGGCACGGCACUUGGGUGGAUGACUCUCGAAGGUGACAAGGGUGAGGGCACCGAUCUUCAUCUGAAGACGGCCAAGAUUCUUGGCAUCAACCGUAAUGACGCCAAAGUGUUCAACUACGGGCGGAUUUACGGGGCCGGGGUGAAGUUCGCCACGCAGUUACUCAAGCAGUGCAAUCCUAAUCUCACUGACGAGGAGGCGCUGAAGACGGCGAAAGCACUUUACGAGCAGACGAAAGGACGCGUGGUGCGAGCGUCGCUGGCGUUCCCUCGCCUGGUGUACCAUGGCGGUACGGAGCUGAUCAUGUUUAAUACGCUUGAGCUGAUCGCCCACCUCGACGAUCCCCGCACUCCAGUCUUGGGAGCGGCCAUCACCGAUGCCCUCACGAGCAAGAACCUCCGAGCCAACGACUUUAUCACCCUGCGGAUCAACUGGACGAUCCAGCUGCUGGGGGUCGACUACCUCCACUUGCUUAUCGUGCUGAUGGCGUACCUCAUGGAGACUUACAACGUCGAAGGGCGCCUCGCCAUCACCGUCCACGACGAACUUCGGUACAUGGUGCGGUGGGACGACCGCUACAAGGCGGCGUUGUUGCUUCAGAUCGCCAACUUGUGGACGCGGGCGAUGUUCUGCGAGCAAGUGGGGUUGCGCGAGGUGCCCCAGCUGGUGGCGUUUUUCAGUGAGGUCGACAUCGACACCGUGCUUCGUAAAGAAGUACUGAUGGACUGUGUAACGCCGCUGAACCCCACCCCCAUCCCUCCCGGAGAGCUGAUGGAUAUUUACAAGCUAUUGGACAAGGUGACGCUCCCCGAGCCCAAGGACAUUAAGCUCACCCGCCACCGUCCGUACGAGAAGCGGGCGACGACGAUGCACACCCUCACCCAGGACGUUGAUCGCGACCCCGAGGCGUCGGCGGCGCUCAUCGAGUGCCAGAACCUGGUGAAUGCCGAGGAGUGGCGCAAGAACAUCCGCCGGUACUACCAGGCGAGCCGAACGGGGGACACUGCGAAACGACGACCCUCCGGGGUCGGUACGAAGGCAUCAUAUCCCCCGCGGUCCCGUGUGAUCGCCCAUUUGGCUCCGCCGCUGGCUCCAGCGAUCAAGCAUCCAGGUGAUUAA